GACGUCGAUUUGUUUUUUACAAUAACAAAUUGUCAAAUUGUUCUCUCUCGCUCGUUGAUAAUUAUAAAUACGUCUAUGUCUGUUCCCUUAUUGACAAUCAAAAUGAGCUAAUGAGCGCGCGAGAAUUUCCGCAGUUAUCGUAAAAAAGUGGUUCAUGAGAGAGCCCAGUAUAAGGCACCAUGAGAAAAGAACCACCCGAUUAAAACAUGUUUGAGGAUGACUGGAUUUAUUUGCAGAACUGUGAUAACGAGACGUAAUCAUUUCUGUGCAGAGGACGACCUUUUUAAAAAAUCUAGCACAACUUAUCCCUUCCUCAGCAUAUUCUUCUGUUUAAAUUUGGUAGACAUUUUGCAAAGUGUUAUUUGAAAGCGUCGGUAAUAAUGUUAAGCAAGUACGUUUGAUAUUUUAACAUCCCUAGAGUAGUAGAUGAAAGAUGAAAGCAAGCAUUUUUGGACAUCUUUUCUUUUUUCACUCUUGACUUACAGGGUUCAUGGAACGUAUCUCAAAGAAAACAUUUUCCUGGAACUGGUAAGUAAGUGGUAUAGGUAGGUGGUUAAGCAGGCAGACAUCUGACAGACAGGCGGGCAGGCAGGUAAGUAUGCCGCUAGGUAGGUGAGCUAAUAGGUGGGUAAGUAGGUAGGCAGGAAUCGAGCAGGAAGGAAGGAAGGUAGGCUGAUAAUGUCAGUAGGUAGGUUAGUGGACAAAUAGGUGGAUAGUUAAAUACAUGUAGGCAGGUAGGUAAGUAGAUAAGUAAUAUAAGUAUAGGUGGGUGGGUAGGUAGGUAGGCAGAUAGGUAUUCAUGGAGGCAAGCUUAGCAGGCAGAUAGGCAAGAAGGUGGGUAGGUAGGCAGACAGGUAGGUAUGUAGGACAGGUAAGAAGAUAGGUAAGUUACAAUCUCAAACAAUACAAAGGUUUUGAAAUCACUUCACAGGAAUAUUCGAGGGCAAAGUAACAGUUAAAGCUGACUUUGUCCGAGUUGAUAUGAUCACCACUUCCAGUGACGUCAAGAGUGAAGUACAUAUGCAGGUGUCUCCAAAGGAGGAAGUGGUGUCUAGGCCGGUGAAGCCUGGUGGGAUUCCGCUUGAUAUUGCCCUUAUCAUGUUCGACUCCACCUCGGCGGCUAACUUCAAACGAAAGAUGCCAAACACUUUGGAAUAUUUGACCAAGAACCUCAACUCAGUCAUACUAGAAGGCAAAACGAUUGUCGGCGAUGGUACCACAGCUCAACUGACCGCAAUGCUUACCGGGAUAGCAGAAAAAAAUCAGCCUGAAGCCAGACGGAGCGAACCUUCAUCUGACACAGUCGACAAAUGGAGGUGGAUUUUUAGAGAUUUUAAACAGCAGGGAUACGCGACCUUAUUCUCAGAAGACUCUCCGAAGCUUGCAGCGUUUAAUUACCGUUUAAAAGGCUUUAAAAAACCACCGACAGACCACUACGCCAGGCCGUUUUGGUUAGAGGCAGAUAAGCUUCUCGAAGAUUUUUGCAUCAGUGGCAGAGCUGCUCAUAACAUCUCACUGGAAUAUUUGUUGAGUUUCUUUCGUGCGUACAAAAGCAAGCCAAAGUUUUCGUUGACAACGCACGCAGAUAUCUCUCACGAUGACCAGAACGCAAUUGGUUACGUCGAUGAUGACUUGAAAAGCAUUUUGCAAACAUUAGAAAACGAGAACUUUUUGGCAAACACUCUGUUGAUCAUAUUUGGUGACCAUGGAGCCCGGUUUUCUGACUUAAGGAAAACAAUUCAAGGAAAAUUGGAGGAACGCCUUCCGUUUAUGUCAAUCACGCUUCCUAAAUGGUUUAUUGAGAAGUACCCAGACCUACACAGCAAUCUUGUUCACAACUCCAAAGUACUGACCACACCCUUUGACGUGUAUGCUACACUUCGUCAUAUCCUGUCUUACCCAAGUUAUCCGGCAAGCGAAAUAACAACAGGCGAAAGCCUGUUUAACAAGAUUGACAAGGAGAGCCGUACAUGCGAAAACGCGGGCGUUGAGGAACACUGGUGUCCUUGUCUUAACUUGGAAGAGAUUUCGACAGAUGAACCUUUAAUCAAGGAAUUGGCGGAGUUUGUGGUCACGUUCAUGAACAAUUUAAUGUUCAAAAACUCGCACCUAGAAAACCUGUGUCACAAACUCGUUUUAAAGAAAAUUACUGGCGCGUUUCGGGACAUGCCAAGUGAAAAAAUGCAGUUUUUUGAUAAAACUAGACGCGAUGGUGAAUGCGAUUCAUGUGGGCUGACAUUCGCUGGCAAAUCUACCAAUACACUUGGAGAUGACACAUUGUAUCAGCUGCAAUUUGUAACAUCGCCAAAUGAAGGAUUUUACGAAGCUUCUGUGAAAAUGAAAAAAGGAGUUCCUUCACUUGCAGGUGAUGUCAGUCGUAUUGACGCUUAUAAGGACCAACCGUACUGCAUUGCGAAGAAAUUUCCACUUUUACGGAAGUAUUGUUACUGUUCCCAAUCUCCUGACAUCAGGUCAUGACAAUAAGUAGGUUAAUUAAAUUAUUAAGGUACCAAUUUUUAUACAAAAAGUAACAAGAAAAAGGAAAUGACGAGCCUGCGUUUAGAGCUCUUUUGCCGCUUGGUCUGUCGUUCAGGGUGCUCCAGGGUUAUCAGCCAGUUCUCAAUCGGAAUUUUCGUCAGUCUUCCUCUAUCUCUGGCUGCCAUCUUUUCAAGAGAUUAUUAGCAAGCUGUUGUAGCCAAUUUUUUUAUUGUUAUUAACUCGAGGGUCUACAGUCAAAAUUGGCGCGUUCGUUUCAACAGACAGUUAUAUAGAUAUUUUAGUCUGAAAUGUCUGAUUUUAAUCUUUAACAACAGGUUCUACUUUCCAAAUACUAAGAUUGACUUUCAAGAUGA